CUUUCUUCUUGCACACGGAGAAACUUCAGAAACCGUAUUUGCCAACAGAUCCUGAUGAUUCAGCAAUAAUCAUGCAUUUAAAAUCCCAUGACUUGAACAUCAAGGUCCCUGAGGAAGGUGAUGCAGUCUUCAGAAAUGUUUGACGGAGGAGAGAAGAUCCUUCAUGACGUGCCAGAAGCCCAGAAUGCUCUUCUGGAAAAUCACCGUAGUCUUCUCAAAGUCUCGGAGUACUGCUACCAAAACUACAUCCAGUCAGGCAACAGAUCAGCGCUGGCUCUGGAGGAGACCAAGAAGCUGACCUACCAAUCUUUGGCGAGUGUGGCAUAUCAGAUCAACUCUCUGGCCAGCAGAGUGCUGAGUCAGCUGGACACUCAGGCCAAUCAGCUGCUGCACCUGGAGUCGUCCAUCAACCUGAUUGGUCAGGCCGUGGAGAUGCACCGCGAGAAAGUGGCUCGGCGGGAGAUCGGCGUCUUCACGUUGGUGCAACGAGUCGCACAUGCUCACAAAAUCCUCCCCCCCUCACCCCAACCACCGCAAACCUACAGCCGAUGUCCCAUCGACUACCAGCUGCUGGACCACCUUGGACAUGGAGCCAGGAUUUCUGGGAGACCAGCAAAACAAAGCGGAACCAUCCGGACCCUUGGAUCCACCCUCAGAACCAGCCGAAGCUCUGAGGUACCCCUGUAUGGAUCACUGGCCCCUGCAGAACCUCCAGAACCAGCUGCUGCUUCCAGCUUCAGGAUUGGAAAACAGGUGGAGCCGCCGACCGUGCCUCAUCUGACGUCACCGAGUAGUGCUCCUGGCUCUUCCCCCUCUCACCCACUCCACUCUCCUGGAGGGGUUGAGGCUCUGCCACUGCCACCAGACCGUCCAGCAGAGGCGGAGGUCCUGCCUCCUCCACCGGACCCUCCUGCAGAGGCUGAGGUCCCGCCUCCUCCACCAGACCCUCCUGCAGAGGCCGAGGUCCUGCCACCUCCACCGGACCCUCCUGCAGAUGUUGAGGUCCUGCCUCCUCCACCGGAUCCUCCUGCAGAGGCUGAGGUCCUGCCUCCCGAACCCGACACAUCUCUACCAGUUGAUCCCCACCCUCAAAAUGCUGAGGCCCCUGCUCCUCCAUCCAACCUGCCUGUUGCAGUCCCGGCCUCACCGCAUCUUGCUCACCCACCUGCAGCUGCUGAGGCCUCGCCCCUUCCACCUGAAUGUUUAGAGGCUGCUUCACCUGGAGCUGUAAAGGUUCCGACAGUGGCCUCCACCACCAGGGGGCGACCUCCUCGUCGCUCAGCGCUCAGCACCUUGUCUCUGAGGCUUCCAUCAGGCUCCGGCCGCCACCGCUGCCAAACCCGCUCUCUCUUCCUGCCGUCGUUUAUCAUCCCCCCUCCUCCCCCAUACCCCGCCCCCUCUGUCCCCUCGCAGCCGCCGCCUCCCCCGCCAAGGUUCUGCCUCCCUGCUCGGCUGGAUCACCUGGAUCUGGAGAUCUUAACUCCGCCUCCAUGUCUCUUAUUGGACAAUGAAGGAGGCUGUGACGACAUGACACCGCCCCCUUCUGACCAACCGAAGCAAACACCACAGUCGUCUCAAGUCCAAUAGAAAAAGUGGAGAACCCGCCGUAUCAGAUGUGAGGCAGCAGAGGAGCAUAGACGAUUUAUUCCAGCUUGCUUGAAUCACUUCGAAGAAAUGUUUGUGAAAAAUUAAUAAAAAGUGUC